GACACCGGGUCGGAAUUUUUUUUUUGUUUUCACAAGACUUUUCCGUGGGUGGGAAAUUUUCUUAUGCAAAUUUUACGUGUUUUUUAACAGUGAUUGCCAAAGAUGUCAGCAAAAGAGGAGAAGGCAGCAGACAAGGAACUCGAUGACUUGCUGGACAGUGCUUUAGAGGAUUUCGAUAAGGCAGACGAUGCUGGAAAGGCGGAGGGCGGUGAGAAGGGAGGAUCGUCCCUUUCUGUGCCAGAGGCUGCUCAGGAAAAUCCCUGGGAUGAGGAAUUUAUCAAAUCCCAGGUGAAGAUGUUCGAGGAAAAGAUGUCCAAGAUGUUCGAAGGAGGUGUUGAGGAUGGGUUUCAGAGAAUGGCAGAGGCAGCUGCGAUGGCUCUGAACCCGGAAACUGAUAAUGUGGCUGAUCCACAGUUCACACAAACUCUUACAGAUGCUUUGAGGGGACUCAGCGAGGGUGCAGAAAACCUCCAGAGUCCCUUCUCGCCGGAUGACAUCGCCGAGAUGUUCGGAAAUGUCGACCUGAACGCCAGUGGAGAGAACAACGCCUUCCUGCCUCUCAUGCAGGGCAUGAUGCAAAGCCUAUUGUCCGCGGAAGUGUUGCUGCCCAGUCUGCAGGACCUUGUCAGCAAGUACCCCAAGUGGUUAGAGGAGAAUGGAUCGAAAGUUCCUGCAGCGGAUAAGGAGAGGUACGAGAAGCAGCAGGAAUUGCUGAAAAGUGUGUGUCAGGAGUUGGAGAAGGAGUCUCCAGACGAUUCUCCUGAAGUCAAGAAGCAGCAGUUCCAGAAGGUGUUCGAAUCUAUGCAAAAGAUGCAGGAAUUGGGCCAACCGCCGGCAGAGCUAAUGGACGUGGGAGUUGAUCCCACUCAAUUGAGCAAUCCCAACCAGUGCCCAAUGAUGUGAGAUCCGCCGUAAUCUCUUUUAUAUCCGGGAGUCGUAUUGUGCGCGAAUAAAUUGGUGAAUGUGUCUUUCAAAGGAAGAA